AAACCAUCGGAGAGGACGAGGAGAUGAAGGCGGCAAGCAUGCGGCUCAAGAACCUCCUGCUUCUCCUCUCCCUCCCUCUCGUCCUCUCCUCCUCUCCUUCUCCCACAGACCUGGUGCGCCUCAGCUCAUCGCGUUUACGAGGUGCGCUAAGAAGGGCGGUACAGGAAGAGGAGACAUGCAUCCAGCGUCUGAUCCCUUUGAGAGGGGGCGCAAACCCAACGGGAGAGUCGACCAAGAGGAUCUUUCAAGACACGCGGAAGCUGCAGAUGAGCAGUUUUAAGGUGAUCGUUACAAACGAGAAGACCAUGAGGGAGUUCUCCGUGCUGUUCCAUGGCCCCAAGGACACUGCUUACGAAUCAGGAGUCUGGAAGGUGAAUGUGGAGCUCCCGGUGGAGUAUCCUUACAAAUCGCCUUCUAUCGGGUUUGCCAACAAGAUUUUCCACCCCAACAUUGAUCUGCAAUCCGGAUCCGUAUGCCUCGAUGUUAUCAAUCAAACUUGGAAACCCAUGUUUGAUCUAGUGAACAUCUUCGAAGUAUUUCUUCCUCAGCUACUGACAUAUCCUAACCCUAGUGACCCUCUCAAUGCGGAUGCUGCUGCUCUGUCCAUGAAGGAUCCUCAGACCUAUCACUCCAAGAUCCGUAUGUUCAUCGACAAGUAUUGUCAGGGGGUAGAAGAAGAGUUUAUGAAAGCACUUCCAAGCGAACAGCAAAGUACAAAUCGACAUGUUGCUGCAAACCCGGAGAGUCUGUGGAAAGAAUCGUCAUCGGAAGAAUCCUCGUCUGGAGAUGAGUAACCAAACAUAAAUUUGAGCACAACAUGGAAUAAACUGGUAGCUAG